GGGGAAGAGGCGCAGCCGCCACGCUUAUCCUCAACCAGAAUAAAGGGGGGUCAGGGGGUACAGCCGCCACGCUUAUCCGGUGUUCAGUCUCAAGCUGAACGAAGCUGGAGGCCGCCACGCUUAUCCUCAAGGGCAAGAGGCGCAGCCGCCACGCUUAUCCUCAACCACAAUAGGGGCCACGGGGUACAGCCGCCACGCUUAUCCGGUGCCAGGCGAAGAGGUGCAGCCGCCACGCUUAUCCUCAACCAGAAUGGGGGCCAGGCGGAAGAGACACGCUUAUCCUCACCCAGAAUAGGGGCCAGGGGGUACAGCCGCCACGCUUAUCCAGUGCCAGGCGAAGAGGGAGAAGACCGCCGCCGCGCUUAUCCUCAACCAGAAAUAGGGGCCUGGGUACAGCAGCCCGCCACACAUUCUCCCAACCCGAAUGGGGGCCAGGGGGAAGAGGCGCAGCCGCCACGCUUAUCCUCAACCAGAAUAGGGGUGCAGGGGGUACAGCCGCCACGCUUAUCCGGUGCCAGGCGUAGAGGUGCAGCCGCCACGCUUAUCCUCAACCAGAAUGGGGGCCAGGGGGAAGAGGCGCAGCCGCCACGCUUAUCCUCAACCAGAAUAGGGGGCCAGGGGGUACAGCCGCCACGCUUAUCCGGUGCCAGGCGAAGAGGUGCAGCCGCCACGCUUAUCCUCAACCAGAAUGGGGGCCAGGGGGAAGAGGCGCAGCCGCCACGCUUAUCCUCAACCAGAAUAGGGGCCAGGGGGUACAGCCGCCACGCUUAUCCGGUGCCAGGCGAAGAGGUGCAGCCGCCACGCUUAUCCUCAACCAGAAUGGGGGCCAGGGGGAAGAGGCGCAGCCGCCACGCUUAUGCUCAACCAGAGGUGGGUGGUCUCAACUCGAAAAGGAUGGAGGACCAGGCCGGGGCGAGCAUCCUCAACCAUUUUGGGGUCCCAGGUGCGUGGUCUCCACUCGAAAAGGACGGAGGCCGGGACAAGGAUGGAGGCGGGGACAAGGCCGGAGUGCUUAUCCUCAACCAAUACGGGGUCCCAAGUGCGUGGUCUCCAUUGCAAGAGACCAAGGCGGGGACGAGGUCGGAGCGCUUAUCCUCAACCAAUGUGGGGUCCCAGGUGCCGCUUAUCCUCAACCAAUAUUGGGUCCCAGGUGCGCGGUGUCAACCUGAAGAAGACGGAGGCGGGUACAAGGCCGCAGCGCUUAUCCUCAACCAAUACGGGGUCCCAGGUGCGUGGUCUCAAUCUGAAGAAGACGGAGGCGGGGACAAGGCCGGAGCGUUUAUCCUCAACCAUCAUGGCGUUCCAGGUGUGUUAUCCUCAAGCAAUAUGGGGUCCACGGUGCGUGGUCUCAACCUGAAGAAGACGGAGGCGGGGACAAGGCCGGAGCGCUUAUCCUCAACCAAUAUGGGGUCCCAGGUGCGUGGUUUCAACCUGAAGAAGAUGGAGGCGGGGACAAGGCCGGAGCGUUUAGCCUCGACCAAUAUGGGGUCCCAGGUGCGUUAUCCUCAACCAAUAUGGGUCCCCGGUGCGUGGUGUCAACCUGAAGAAGACGGAGGCAGGGACAAGGCCGGAGCGCUUAUCCUCAACCAAUAUGGGGUCCCAGGGGCGUGGUCUCAACCUGAAGAAGACAGAGGCGGGGACAAGGCCGGAGCGCUUAUCCUCAACCAAUAUGGGGUCCCAGGUGCGUUAUCCUCAACCAUUAUGGGGUCCCCAGUUCGUGGUGUCAACUUGAAGAAGACAGAGCCAGGGACAAGGCCGGAGGUCAACCAAAGUGCAUGGUCUCAACCUGAAGAAGACGGAGGCGGGGACAGGCCAGAGCGCUUAUCCUCAACCAAUAUGGGGUCCCCGGUGCGUGGUGUGAACCUGAAGAAGACGGAGGCAGGGACAAGGCCGGGACGCUUAUCCUCAGCCAAUAUGCGGUCCCAGGUGCGUUAUAUCCUCAACCAAUAUGCGUGGUGUCAACCUGGGAAGAAGACGGAGGCGGGGACAAGGCCGGAGCGCUUAUCCUCAACCAGUCUGGGGUCCCAGGUGCGUGGUCUCAACCUGAAGAAGACGGAGGCGCAUGCAGAAGUGGUGCUUAUCUUCAACCUGAAGAGCGAACGCAAAAUAUGCCCCAGCACUGCAGCAAGGUGA